AGUAAGUAAAAUGUCAGAUAAGGUUGAACAAUGGAUUAAUGAUUUGCAAAUAAUAUCUAAACAUCUUAAUGACCUCUUUGUAAAAGAAAUAUUAUUAGUUUAUGAAACUUUAUCUACAGAUAAGUUUAAUAAUUUAAAUAAUAAAAUUGAAUAG